AUGUCAAGAAUCAUCCUCUUGGUUGCUCUCUGUGCUUUCGCUGUUUCGGGACAUUAUCCCAAAUGUUUCUUGCCGUUGUCAAGGGGAACAUCCUGUAGCGAUCCGCCAUCUCAAAGAUAUCACUUCGAUCCAAAACUCAAUCAGUGUCACGCUUUUCAAUAUAAAGGAUGUGCCGGAACAUUGAACAACUACAAAACACUUAAGGACUGCGAAGAUACAUGUGCCCUAGAUCCAUCUAACAUCAUCCAAUGUCCUCUCCACACCAGAACCAUUUUUGACAGCAAGAAUAAUAAUCAAUGUUCGAAAAAUUCGAAAUCUGGUGAAGGCUGUGAAAGUCCAGAUGCAUACUGCACCCACUUCGCAUCUAUGUCUCUCUGCUGCAACCGUACCGUUGUCCUUGGAUAUCAAUCAGACAAGUCUUCUACUUGCCCAAAUGGAAAAGCUCGUUGGCAAAUCGAUGGAUCUGCCGUAUUGGCCAAAUCAUGUGAAGCAGUCGCCUGCCCAACGGGAUACACUUGUCAAAACGGAAAUUUCUUCUCUUAUUGUUGUGAAAACUAA